GCAGGGGGCUGUCGGGAGCAGGUUCUGGACAUCACCAACCGCGUCUCUUAGGCAACAGGCAACUACAGCCUUGGAAGGAAAGUGCAGAAGAUUCGAGCCAGACUGGCAACAACCUCCCCAGCAUAUGCGUGCAGACUCAGAACCAGCCAAUCCUUCCCUAAGAAGAGUUCAUCAUUCCAAUGUGGAAAAGAAGACCAGAUGAGAAUGAGGACGACCACUACCGUCCCCCUCGUUCGAAGAGGACUAAGAAGGACCAGGCCAUACAGGACCAUCAGGCUAUAGAGUCUGGAUUUUCCUGGCUACAUACAUCCCUCCUCGCUCUCGCCUAGUUAAUCCACAAACUUCCACUUUCACUUUUCCUCCUGGAGCCAGGGCUCAGUGUGGCCCCCACCUCAGACUAGACCCCCAUGGAUCCACUGCAGAAAUGGGAUCCAAUGUCAAUUUCCAUGCCCUCAUGUAUAGCCACUGUGACGAGCUCCCAAGAGGCCUCGGCAGCUCCUCAGCCUUCCUCUUCAGAAAAACUAAGCAUGGGUCUCAGCAUCUUGAGCAUCAGCCCCAGCCCCCACUCAGGUGUCCCUGCCUCUCUGUCAGAGGGGCUGUUCCAGCAGCAGGCUCGGGAGAAGAAGGCCCUGUGGCAGCAGUACUGGGAGAAGCAGGGCUUUCCUCAGAGGAAGAAAGUCUUCCUGAGGCAUUCGAGACGCUGGCACCGGGAUCACAUGGCACCUUACCUGCUUGAAAGGGAUGUCAGAGGCUUUCCCUCAGGUGACAAAGCUCAGAAUCUGCUUCGAUGUCAGGGACACGGACAGAAUAUUGCUGGGAUGAGUGAGCAGAAGAACGCAGCCCCCAACUCUCCUUCCUGGGAAAUGCUGGUACAGGGUCUCAAUGGCCUCACGCUCAGCCUGGGAGCCAACAGACCGGUCCCCCUGCCGGAGCCACCGCGGCAGCAGCAGGAGCCAGAGGACAUGCGCCAGCUGGAGAGGCAGCAGGAAAGCCUAAAGAUGUUCCAGAGGAUGCUCAAGUAGAGGAUGUAAGAAGGCUGAGGUGCUAACUCACAGAGGAUACAUGUGAAAACGCAUUUAGAAGGUGCUGCAUUGCUGUCUCGGGGGGCAUGGUCUCCUCUGAGGUCAAGGCAGUCCACUGCCACUGAUGAGUCCCAACACUUGUGCUAUGAUGUGAAUUGCCCUUGGAAAGAUCUUAACUACCCUGCCUGUCUUUUAGCAUGCCUUUUUGGAUGUGGUGCUACGUGUUAGACUAUACAGAAGAAAACUGGGUACAAGUGAUCCCCAAAUGUUUGUGAUGUGAUUCAUACACUGAGAGUCUUCACCGAUUUUUCUUAAGCUCAAUACCUCCUUUAAUUUCUUGUUAAAAAGAACCAAUACCAUAUGUAUAUCUAUGUAUAUCUGUGUAUAUAUGGAGAAGACAUACAUCCACAUGUCUUCUUGAUGUCAGUUUCUUGAGUUCCCCCAACAGAAAGAUUAUUACAUACAUUGGGGUACAUGUGCUGUGUAGGAGAGAAAGAGAUUUACUUGCACUUUCCAGAAACUGAAGCCAGAAAUGCGAGCUUAAGGGAGCAACUCAGUGUACUGUAGUGGGUAAAACAUCCAAUGGUCUGAACCUACAUGGAAGAAGAGAAGUUGUGGUCCAACUGGUUGGUCUCUGGAGGAAUUCCCCAUGUGUUCACUCAAUUAUGAUCAAAGCAGAAAUCAUGAGAUUGCAGAUCUCUGUGUCACCCCCCCUCCCACUCCUACCUUCUAACUCUUCAUCUCACUAUUAUAACAAUGUAAAGACACUGGGGCAGGUCAGGGAAGCCAUAGUUUCAUUUAGAGGAAGAGCCAAGGGAUUAGAAGCUCCCAAAUGCCUGCAGGGAGAAGCAUCAACAGUUUAGGGAGUAGGUAAGGACUAUACCGAAGGAAGGUUUGGAGGUCAUUAUGGCCUCAGAAAUUGGUGAUACAUGGUGAAUGUUGUAGGGACUUAGGUUACAAGUCCCACCUUUUCCCAUAAUGGCACUAUAUAUAACCAUGGCCGGGGUAUACCCAUAAAAUUGACUGGAAGCUGGGGAGGGCUAUGCAGCUGUCCCUCAAGUAUUCCCUUAGUGGUUAAUGGCCAGCAGUGGAAAGCGUUCAAUAUGAGCCUAUCAUUUGUAGUAUUGGUGAUCUGUGUAUGCUGUUUUUCUUUUGUUUGUUUUGUUUUUUAUUAUAGCUGGCAAAAACUCUAAUCAUCCAAGAGAUGGGAGUGCAGAAAUUCACCCCUAGGUGAAUUGACAAAAAGGACAGCAUUUAACAUGCCUAUAUGACACAUGAGGGUCAGAGUAGCAGGGUUUUCUUGGCCAACUUUGACUUGGCCACUGUUCCAGUUUGCUGUAUAGCAAUCAUUCUGCAGCAGGAACCAGAAACCAUGUGUGCUUAAAGUGAACCUGCUUUUAACUUCCAGGCUCAUUUUAUCUUGUUACUUCUGAGUGGACUGAAUUGAAAUUCUGGGGAAGCUCUUCACUAUAGCUCACGAACAGCACCCACUACAUAACUUCUGAAUGACAGAGGGGGCUGGAGGAAGCUGAGAACACAUUCCUGCCAGCCAUCAUUGUGUGGGUGAUAACUGUGUGGGUGAAGGCAUCCUAGCAGGAUAACCCUUCUCCCUGGCCAUUUGGCCAUAAGAAGCAGAGCCUCUUGUGUACUAGGUAACAGGGGAGCAUCUGUGAGACAUGUCACUGACUGUAGUGUUUGUCAUCCUUCAUCCUCACAUGCCUCUUGAUCUGCAGGCUCUGUAUAGGGCAUCAUCUAUAUCUCUGACCAGAGCGGUGCCCAGGGUGUACAUGUGUAUUUUAGCUUUCCUGACAUGGAAUUGAUUUGCUUUUUUUUUUCAAGGAUGUGCUGUCUUCUGAUUGUACCAGAUGGCAUGAAAUCCCUUGUUCCAGUGUUCACUUGACUCCUGUUGCUUAUGUUAAGUGGGAUGUCAUAAUGUGGUCCUGCCAGAGAUUGUGAGUGCUAAAGAAACUGGGUAGAGGCUAUUCUGGAGCCAACUGUUUUGUGUUACACAUUGUGAGUUUUGUAACACGUUGUCUGAGACAUGCUACUGACUGUAACAAGUUAAAUUUCCAUUGCACUUAAGUUUGCCUGGUCACUUUGCACUAAUUCUCCUUUUGAAACAGCAACACUUAUCAUUGUUACACUCAACAGUCCCUCUAUGAAGUAGUGCCAUGUUUUCCUCCUGUGACAUCUUCCCCUACCUGAUACUUCAGCUACCUGUUGUCCUUUCUGAUGUCAUCUGUGCAUCAAGCAUCCCUAUUUGCCCGUCUUCAGAGUAAAGGCAGGAAAGUUUCAGAGUUAGAUGACAGCAUAGUAAGACGGUCAUGGAACCAUGAGGCCUAAGGUCCACUUGCUGGAUACUCAAGAGAGCCACUUCAAUCAACAACAGGAUCCCCUGUGACUCUGUUGUCCUGGAGAUGCAGAAACCUUUUGAAUGUUGGCUCAGGCUCGGCUGUUAGACUAAUUAUUACAACACUCAGAAACCUCCAUUCCACAGUGGAUAAGAACACUGAGAGCUUGGCCAAGAACUCUGUCCUAGUCAUUGUAAUGGCUUGGGAGCCCUUCCCCUUGCUCUUUGCUUGCCCUAUAGGUGGUCCUCCGAGGGGAUGAGGUAGAUGAGCUGCCCCCCCCCCCCAGUUACUUGAGUACUGUUGAUAAUCUCACUUUACCAUAAUCACUGACUACUCAUCUUUACCCCACUUAAUUGCAUUUCUUCAAUUAACCCCUGCUCCAGGGGGUUGAGCUACAAUAGUCUAUGUACACUGUAUGAAUAUGUACCUGAAUGUGUGUGUCAGUGUAGCCAGCUGUGCCUGUGUGCGUAGAGGUCUGAUGUUGAUUCUGUGCAUGUUCCUCUGUUGCAUCCCAUCAUGUGUGUACAGAGUACUCUUUUGUAAUAUCAGGAUACUUACCAGUUUGGCUUCAUCUGAUGGAGUACUAGUUCCAGAUUCCUCUGUUCUCAACCUAGCAGCAAUAGGAUUAUGGGUGUGUUCUUCCAGGCCUCUCUUUGAGUGAGGGCUGGGAAUCCAACCUCAGGCCCUCUCUUUACCUGGCCACAUGGAUUCCCAGACAUGAGCUAAACAGUUUUAAUUAAUCGUAUUUGAGCUUCAAAUUCUACCAUCCCUCUUUCUGAGUAGUGAAGUUCCUAACCCAGUGUGCUCCAUUUCUGUAUUCACA